AUGUGCGUUAACAUGCAGACUAUUGUUCUACUUGUGUGGACAUCUGUGGCAGGGACAUUUUGCCAGACUUUAACAAUGACAAACCCCAAAGUUGUAUCAAGUUGUGACAAUGCAGCACUUGCCGGCAAGGACAGGUUUACAUGUUCCGGCACAGGCCAGGACCUUGCGCCACAAAAUCCACCUACGGGCUUUAGCUCUUAUAUUGCGUUACAAUUGAUGAAGCCCGGCGAAAACGGCUUUAACCAGAUGAGCCCUUUGUGUCGUACUACGUUUUCUGAAAAUGCAUGUUCUGGAGGAGACUGCAUUACGUGCACUUACAGCGAAAAUGUGAUAAGCAUCCAGGUAAACAGACUUCUAACAACGGAUGAAAGUAGGGCAGUACUGCAGAUACAAUGGUUACCAUCACACGACAUGAGGAUGGUAGUUUCAGACAAUAACUUUACUUUACCAGAAAUCGUUG